GGACCCGGCGGCUGUUGGGAUGACGUCAAUGACCCCCAAAAUUACACCCUGCUGGGACCCCCGUCACCCAUCCCUGAUGCCAUCGCCAACGGGGCGAUGGAUGGGGUGCUGUUGGGUGCCCACCUAGCCCAAGCACCCAUCCCGCUCGCCGAUCUUCUCCGGGGCUACUACGGGACGGGUAACGGCACGGAGAAGGGGCGACCACCCAGCAGUUACCGGCGGCGAGAUUUUGGGGUGUUGACGGGGUCGGGGAAGUUGGAGGAGGAGGGGGCGGCGAUGCUGAGGGUGCUGCGGGUGCUGUCACCCACGCGGGAGCUGUUGGAGGAUGUGGGGGAGGAGGAGGGGGUGGCCAUCGCUCGGCAAGCGGCGCGGGACUUCACGGAGGUCUACGUGGAGUGCCCGGCCAUCGUGCCCCGGUGCAUGUGGGGUGCCCGUCCCUACCGGGGCACCCCCAAACUGUUGACCCUCCCCUUGAGCUCCGUCUACAUCCACCACACCUUCGUACCCAGCGUCCCGUGUCGCACCUUCACCGCCUGCGCCCGCGCCAUGCGCGCCAUGCAACGUUUCCACCAGGACAUCCGCGGUUGGGAUGACAUCGGUUACAGCUUCGUGGUGGGCUCGGAUGGGUACCUGUACCAAGGUCGAGGUUGGCAUUGGGUUGGUGCCCACACCAAAGGCUACAACAGCAAAGGCUACGGCGUAGGCUACGUCGGAGACUUCUCGACCACCUUGCCGGAUCCUGACAUCAUCGCCCUGGUGCGGGAUGGAUUCCUAUCCUGUGCCGUACGAACCGGUCGGCUUCACCGUAACUACACCCUACGUGGCCACCGCCAGAUGGGUCACACCGACUGCCCCGGCAACUCUCUCUUCCGUGAGAUUGAGACCUGGCACGGCUUCAAG